GCUGAACAAGCCAAGUUCUACCUGUCUCUGAAAACAGAAUUUCAUUCUGUAAGUCAUCCUGAUGGCUCUGCUGUCAAUCAGGCUUUUGAGGAAAUAACUCAGCAAGUUAUACCCUGUACACUAGAUGAGGGCUCACAAGCUUGUGGAUGUGACCUGGCUCAAGGAGGAUUUUUUGUGAGACAGGGAGACUACAUCUGUACUUUGGACUACCAGAGACUCUAUGGCACACGGUGCUUCAGUUGUGAUGAAUUCAUUGAGGGAGAAGUGGUCUCAGCACUGGGCAAAACCUAUCACCCAGACUGUUUUGUGUGUGCUGUCUGCAGGCUGCCAUUCCCUGCGGGUGACCGGGUGACGUUUAAUGGGAAGGAGUGCAUCUGCCAGAAGUGUUCCCUGCCCCCUUCCAGCAGCACCAGCUCUUUCCCCGUACAGAACCUGCGAAAUUGUGGGGGCUGUGGUUCAGAAAUAAAAAAUGGGCAGUCAUUGGUAGCCUUGGACAAACACUGGCAUUUGGGCUGUUUUAAGUGCAAUAUAUGCGGCAAGCUACUGAAUGCAGAGUACAUCAGCAAGGAUGGUGUCCCGUACUGCGAAACGGACUAUCACGCAAAGUUUGGUAUCAGAUGUGACAACUGUGAGAAGUAUAUCACAGGAAGAGUACUCGAGGUAAGGAGAACCUGUCAUGCAAACACCUCUCAGU